AUUUAGCAGUUCAAAAUGAUCUAUGUGGUAAGAUUAAAUAAACCUAUUAGAGCACAUAUAUAGUUGUCAGACCUAUUCCAAAGACGAGGCUUCAGACAGUCCCGUCAAGGUUAAAGAGAAUGGCGCGACAACAUGUACCAGUCCUUGUGAUGAUUGCAGCGAUGGUGUUGGUAGCGCCGAAUCGUCCUAUCCUUGGGUCCUUACCAUAUUUGGGGAGCAGGGCUUUUAAGGAGCGGUUCUGUGCACGGACAGUGGCCAGUCUCAUCGCUAACGAGACCUUCUAUCCAGCGUCGACCUUAGCUUCAGAUUGUGAUAGCCUGGCACCCUGGAAGGUCCGAUGUGCGCCCUACUGUGGGACGGUGCUGCAGCAACACAUCUACGUCUAUGUCGUCAUCAGCAACACCUGCAGCGACAUACGCCGUGUCACCAUCAGUACCACCGCGUUCUCAUCAACGAAACGUGUCCAACUUGCAUGGGUGGAAGGCAACUCUCUAUGUCGGGGAUAUAGGCCAUUGAUAAGUGACCUUUUUGUCAUUCCUGGUAACUUCUGCGAGGCCAACGCGCCCGACCUGCACAACCUCACCGUCACAUUGUACGACAGUUGCGACAACCAGGAUCAGCGCUGCCAAGCGGAAGAGGUUCGCGUUGUGAGAUUUACUGAAGCAUGAUUGUCAGAAAAACAACACUACGACCCCUUUCCUGAUAUCCAGACAACGUUCUUUAAAAUUUUAAGCAAACGUCAGAUGUUUUGAGCCUGUAUACUGUCUUGCUUUACGAGUAUUCUACUAUGCUAUUUUAGAAUCCUGCAUUCUGAUUGGUCCGCGAGUGUUUGAUAAUUGUUUCGAUGAUUGCCGCGUCACUGCGAAAGAAGAUAAUAUUAUUUAUUCAGAAGCACUUUUAUCACAUACUCCCCUGGCAGGCAAUUGUAAAUACUGAUAUUACUUCAUAAACGUAUCUUAAUACCGUGUUGCAGUUCCUAGACUGUUCAACGCGACUUUUAUCGCCCUGUCUUUCUCGUUGCAAAGCCUGCGUGAGGAACAUUAUGACGUCACAUUUAGGAGUAUGUUCUUCUGAAUUAAACGUUGCAAAGUCGUUUCAAUUUCUCAGGGGAUGACUGUUUGAAUAAUACUUACAUGGUAUAUGCGCUUGAUGCUUUUAUUGUAUCCCAUCGAAAUUGUUCAAAUUUUUUAAACUUAUGAUUUGGGUCAUCAAAGCAAAUGCAGACAUGCUUCCCUUUUGAUCAGUUGCCUCCCUUAGGAAGCUCCUCACAGCGAUAGUCCGUUCGAGGAGCUCUAUGUUACCGAGAGUGUAACGAAGGCGUAACGCGCUGGGAAGGAGCGUGGCGCUGUUCACAUUUGCGCCUCACUUAAAGUCCGCUUUGCAGAGUUGCCUCCCUUAGGAUCUGACGAUAGUUGCUCCCGAUUAUGAAUGAUGGUUUUUCAUUACUGUAAUGUAAAUAGUGAUGUCUUUGGACUAUUGUACAUCACUGAUAUCAUUACACUAUUGCACGACCCGUGAAGAUCCGGGUUAGAAUAGGUCUUCAGCAACUCAUGCUUGCCGUAAAAGGCGACUAUGCU